AUGAGCGACUGCGGACUGUACUUGCUCCACUUUGCUGAAGUGUUCCUCAAGAGUCCUCAUAAGCUUCUCGAUGCCAUCGUGAAUAACAAGCCUGAGCUCGAACAGUAUUGGAAGGCAGAUGAGUUGCCGAACAAGCGAGAGUACUACCGAGAUGUUGUGAUGCAGCUGGCGGAAGACUACAAAGUUUAUCUUGCUGAACAGCAGGCUCCAAGCGUACUUUCGCCACCAAAGGCUCGUGCCGGCAAAACCGGAAAAUGA